ACCCUUUGGAAAAAUUCGUUAGUAGUUUAACGGAUGCAUUCCACCGUGGGUGAAUUUAAAAUUUCCCAAAUCAUGAAAAUCCUAGUCGUUAGUCUUCUUCUCUUCCUUCAGGGUAUCCAAUCAGCGCCAUGGUCUCCGUCUUGUCCUCACGAAUGCUGGUGUCACGAAUCCUACUUGGCCAGCAUAGUCGACGAAUGGCAUCCACUCAAUAAAAUGCAGGCUCCGGAUUCAUCCGCCAGCCCCAAUAGCAGCGCCCUUAAUGACCUAUUAUUCCGUGCCGUAAUUUGUGUCCAACAACACGACACGGAAAUUGAAACCCUAUUGGCCCGCUUGCCGUCUCAAACCGAGGCCAUGAAGAUUAUCCAAGCAUCCGACGCACCGGAAAUCCGCUUGACGGCCACUCAUUUGUCGAAAUUUGUCAACUUAAGAGCUCUGGGUCUUGAAGGAUCUCAACAACAGGAGUCUAGUAGUGCGCCAUCAAUCAUUUUACAUUCGGAUAGCCUCAAAUCUUUGAUUCAACUUCAAUAUUUGAGUCUUGUCAACUUGGAAUUGCUGGAUCAGCCUUCGCCGGAACUGGUCACGGUGGUCGAAAUAGCCGACGACGAACAAUCAGCCCCUUCACAACGGUUGACGUAUGACGUUCCCGAAGAAAUCCUGCCUUACGAAGAGUUCAAAAAGUUGCACCAACAAAUGGAACUAAGCGUUCCGUGGAAUGGCUUUUCAAUGUUGACCCAACUCGAGUAUUUGCUGAUCGUCGGUUGCCAGUUGCCGGAAGCUUUUAGCACGGGUCACUCGGGUGCGUUCACGAGUCUGAGUCAUCUGAAAGAGUUGACCAUCCGCACGAGUCAACUGCGAGUGCGGCUGGAAAUGGAACCGGGCGAUUUAAUGGAAUUGGAAUCCCUUUCGCUAGCGGACAACGAGUUGCUGGAGAUCAAGCCGGGCGACCUGCAAGGAAUGGGCGCACUCCAGCAUCUCGAUCUGUCCGGCAAUCAGCUGACUCACCUCACCGAAAACUCUUUUCCUUUCCUGCCCGAUUUGGAAUCGCUGGAUUUGAGCGACAAUCCGCUUUCGACUCUCUACCCAAACACUUUCGCUAACGUCUCGUCCAUCCGCCGCCUUUUACUCGGAUCUUAUCGCUGGAAGGAAGGCGAAAUCGUCGUCAACCGAGAGCCCUUGGAAGGCAUGCAGGUCGUUUCCAUGGAGUUUGGACCUGACAGUUUCAACGGAUUGGUGAAAUUGCAGGAGCUCUGGAUCAGUCAGGGCCACCCGGAAGGAAAUAAAAGCCUCGAUUCAAACUACUUUAAAGAUUUGCUUUCCAUUUCUGAGUUGCAUCUACGUGGGCGGAUCGUAUCGAUCGACGCCGACACGUUCACGGCCAACCGACGACUUCAACAUCUCGACUUAAAAAACUGUCAACUCCGCCGCUUGAGCGUCGACGCUUUCCAAUCGUUACGCAAAUUGCGCCUUCUAGAUCUGUCGUCCAACCAACUGGUCCAGCUUCCGCCGGGCCUGUUCGACCCUGUCGUCUCGUUAAAAGAAUUGUGGCUCAACGGCAACAAGUUGACGACUGUUCCGGCUGACAUUUUCGCCGCCCUAACGACGACUAAAUUGAUCCGGCUGGAAGACAAUCCUUGGCACUGCACUUGUCAGCUGGAUCAGUUGAGAGCGACGGCAGUUAACAAGAUCAAAAUCUUGGAUUCGCUGACCAACCGGACCGGAUAUCAGUACGAUAGGAGAGUGGCCCCAUUAUGCGCUUCGCCGGAAGCGCUCAAAGGAGCAUCCGUCUUUGACGUCAUCCGAAAACCAUUGAGAUGCAACAAAGUGGAAAGACUUGCUGGAGGCAGCAACAUCAACAAAGCUACGCUGAUGGCCAUCUAUGGAAAUGACGUAGACCGACCGCAGUUGGAAGAUGAUGAGACGGUAGACCACGGGCCGGAAGCGACGGAAGAAGAGCAUCAUCCACUCUCUUUAGACUCGUCCCAGCUCACAGUUGUUAAUCCGGAAGGAAAACAGGAUCACGCCAACGAAAAAGACAUCAUCGAUCACGGAGAAGAAGUUGUCGAAAAUCACACCACGGCAAUUCCGCUCGAGGCUACAACUUUAGUCGUCGUCAAACAGACCAACAACAACGAUGUCUUGCCGGAAUCCAUAAACAAUUUCCCAGAGGAUCGAGUUGUACCACUGAAAAAGAGCUACUUGCCAGUCACAGUCACCCUGUCUAAGAAAUCGAUGAAAUUGCGGAUGGAGCAAGAAAUGAUGAAAAGUUUCGCCAAGAAGAAAUUGUCAGCCAAUCUUUAAAAAUAAGAACAUUAUGUUAAUUGUUUCAAUCAAUUCCACUCGCAUUGUUAUCCAACUUAGUAUCUAGUUUUUAUAGUGAAAACUGUCUCAAAAUACACUAAACAUAUACGGAGA